UACCCAACAACUGGGCCUGCUGGGCCUAAGCGACUGCGCGACAGCGCUUGUCUGCCAGCAACCUCGCUUGGGCGAGAGCAGCGCACCGCAUGCAGUUUGCCUUGCUGCAGGCUCGCACUCAACGGAUUUUCCGCCCUCGAGCGGCGGCACACGGAGAUGAGUGGGAUUCCCCUAAAAUGGAGGCAAGACACGGUACUGCGUAGUACCACUCUGGAGACGAACGCUAUCCAGCACUUUCUCCCCCACCCCUCCCUCCUUCUGACUUGCCGCGCCUGUCUUUUUUCCUUUUUUUUAUUUUGCGAGCUAGCAAGCAACGACAUUUCACAUCACGCAUGUUAGCUUAAAUAGCGCUUUGUUUAUUCUGCUCCUCCGCUUAAUUCACGUGUGGUUUUAUUAUAAAAACUCAUAAAAUGCCAUUUUAAUAUUACGGACACUAUUGUGAUAUAAGUUUUUACUUGUUGAAUAAGUAUGUCCCAUCAAUCUUAGCUUGUGACGUAGCAAUACACAACUACUAUAAUUAACGUGGCAAAUAAUACAAUUUAACGACCCGCUGAAGCUGGCGACAGCAUGUGAGGACGGGGUGAAAACACGAUUGGAAACGGGCUGCACAGUACCAUCAGAUCCGGCUGGCGAAGGAGAGAGCAGCAGACGGAAGAAGGGGACGGACGAGUGAAGAGAGAAAGAGAAGAGUGAAAUGAGAGGAGUUAUGGGUAGAAUAUGAAUCGCCGGAUCCGAGCGCUGCAGUAACCACGGCGGUGUCGCUGGACGUCCUUGCGCCGCGGGUCCCCCCCCCCCCGCCUCCCUGCCGGGUGUCUGUGAGCCAGAGACCUGCCAGUGUUUGGCCUUGAACGUGACUAUAUUUCACCCUGACGGGAACUCAGUCACCGCCCCCCCCCCCCUCCCCCGCCCCCUUCCCCCUUGUCUGUGUUCCUCGAUGCCUCUUCCAGCUGCUGCUGAUUGGCUCCUCUGACUUUUAGGAAGCUGUAAGGAAUUCUUCUUUUCUGCUCGGUUGUUCCGUCGUCGUUGCGGUUCAUUUAGAUGCCGAUUCCGACCGCGCCGCUGCGCCCGUCUGUCACAGUUCACCCGGGCUCCUGUCUGGAUGGGUUUCGGAUGUGCCGUUCUGAUUGGUCAAGAAGUCGGCGAGGAAGAAAAUGCUGAGGCGGUAACUCGGAGAAGAAGAGGAUAAAAGCGUGAGAGCGAGGCAGAGGAGCCGUGGGAGAGGGACAGAACUGUUCCUGUUCCUGUUCCUGUUCGGGGCAGUGUCAGCCAGACCCAUCCCCCACAGCAUGACGGGGUGACCCCCCACCCCACUCCACCCCCACCCGCCCCACCGUACCAAUGGUCUUGAUCCUGAGGGAGCUGGACUCUGCUUGACGCAUUAUGGAGUCUCACUGAAACCUGGAACCGGAACCAGCAACAGGAAGUAGAAACCGUUAAGUCGACCCCCUGUGUGGGGUCAAUGAGUUUGUCCUGUCAGGCCUAAGACUUUAAAAAGAGAAAGCUGUCAGCGAGAGCGCUUCUUUGUUUUCGUUUUCUGGCGGUUUGGGUUCGCUCCGCGCCCCGGAGAUGGCGGUGAGCGUGUCCGUGGGCCGCGACACCAAGUGGCUGACCCUGGAGGUGUGCCGGGAGUUCCAGCGGGGCACCUGCUCGCGCUCGGACGCCGAGUGCAAGUUCGCCCACCCCUCGCGCAGCUGCCACGUGGAGAACGGCCGCGUCAUCGCCUGCUUCGACUCGCUCAAGGGGCGAUGCACACGUGAGAACUGCAAGUACCUGCACCCCCCACCUCACCUGAAGACACAGCUGGAGAUUAACGGGCGCAACAACCUGAUCCAGCAGAAGACUGCGGCGGCCAUGUUGGCUCAACAGAUGCAGUUCAUCCUGCCUGGAGCCCAGCUGCAGCCAAUAACAACGUUCCCGGUGACCCCCUCCCUGGCUGGCAGCCCCAGCAUGGCGUUCAGCCCGUACCUGGGGCACAUGAGCCCGGGGGUGGGGCUUGUGCAGGAGCUCCUGCCCAGCGCCCCUAUGCUGGUCCCGGGGAGCCCCACCGGACUCGCCAUGGCAACCAGCAGCCCCUCACAGAAACACCUGCGCACAGACAAGCUGGAGGUGUGCCGGGAGUUCCAGCGGGGGAACUGCACGCGGGGGGAGAGCGACUGCCGCUACGCCCACCCGCUGGAGGCCGCCAUGGUGGACGGCAACGAGAACUCCGUCAUCGUGUGCAUGGACUACAUCAAGGGCCGCUGCUCCCGGGACAAGUGCAAAUAUUUCCACCCCCCCGCCCACCUGCAGGCCCGGAUAAAGGCCACCCAGCACCAGGCCAUGGCCCUGCCCCCGGGGGCCCUGCAGCCGCUGCCGAAGAGGCCCUCCAUGGAGAAGAGCAACGGGGCCCCGGCCAUGUUCAGCCCCAGCAUGUUCCACUAUCAGCAGGCCCUGGCCAACAUGCAGCUCCAGCAGCCUGCCUUCAUCCCCACAGGCCUUUUGAAAGCCCCAGCCCCGCUGGCAGCAGAGGGCCACUGGGAGAGGCACCCCCACAGCCGCUACCUGUCAGUGCCUGGAAUUACUGUUCCCAUGAUGCACAGUGCCUCGCCCUCCACUGUUACGUCGGCCUCGACCCCCGUCACCAAUGUUCCUUUUGCUGACACCGCAGCCUCCAAUCAGACCCUGUGGAGGUUUUGAGCGCCGACCUGGUGGAACUCCAGUGCAUCCCUGUGGAACCCCACUUCUGCCCCGUCCCCAAACUCCCGGUGGCAUCGCCUCCAGUGGCCCUGAACCCAGUGAGCCUCUAAAGUACCUAAUUUCACACCGACCCUGAGUUCACAGACACACCCCGCCCCCCCAAAAAAGAACACGGCAGUGACCUAAAUGCAUAAAAACAACAUAGAACGUGCCUAAUCUGCAGCAAAGCAAACCUACAUGACGUCUGCAUUUCUAACAGCCAAUAGCAUAAGGUAUUUCCGAGACAAAACAUCAUAUAUGUAUAAUACACCCAUCCCCCCCCCCUCCCCACCCUCAACUUACUUACGCAGGCAAUACUGAGCUGGACCCUGAACUGUUAUUAAGGACAAUUUUGAUACUGGAAGGCACGGAGGAGCUUGCUGAUAUUGAAAUGGAUAAUGUGGGGAAAGCAGAGAUACACUUAAAGACUCACACACACACACACGCACUGUCCCGCUGUGUAAAUCAUGCCCCCACAGGCCUGCUGAAACAGACAGCGAGCCCCCGCACUUUACAGUACAAACUCUGGGGGACCUGUGGUGCUGAGCGAGUGGGCCUACAUGGGCCCACGUAACUAAACCUUCAUCAGGACUGACAGCGUGGGGAGGGGAGCUCAGUUACAAACUGGAACCAAACUCAAGUCAAGGAAGCUGGGACCUCAAUUCACUGCACCGGACAAAAAAGGAUGAAAAUAAAUCAAAAGCGAAAGGAAAAAGAAAGACGACGCUUUUGCUUUAACAGCAAUGGGCAAAAAGAUGGUCAGCAGCAUUUGAUUCUUUUUUUAUGUUAUUGUGUUCGUUUUAAAAGGAACCUGUACACAAAAAAAAUGUUUCUAUUUGUUUACAUUUUCACAGUAGCCAAAAAAAGGGGUUUAUCUGUGAAUCGCAACCAGCUUAAUGAAAGAGAAUAAACUAGGAUGGGUCUCCCUCUGUUGUGUAAAUCAGGCCUGUCUACCCAACCUCAUGAGUCCCUCGGUUUCUGUUGGGUUAUUAGGUGCCUUUCAGUAUUAGCUAUACAUAGAAAUUGGGGCAGGGAGGGCGGAGACACGGUGUUGCCCUAUUAUCUGACACCCACUUAAAUUAAUUUAGCCCCAAGGUGGAAAUAGAAUACGCCGACUCCCCUGUAUCCUUGAGGUCGGAGAUUAGGGUGUGUAAUAAGUUUCUGCAGUUUUUUUUUUUUUAAUUGACCAUAUAAGAUUAGAUCUUGUUACCAGGCUGUUUAGCAAAUACGCUGUACCUAGCCUCACGUGUUUGGCUCUUAACUAUGAGCCCAACUAUUCACUCAGCUGUGGUAUAACCCCACUAACUGUGAGGAUGUGCUUCACUAAUUAAGCAAGUAGCAGUGGUCAAGUGGCAAUUUUGUGAUGAAUCACAAUCUUGUGGAGGCAGGAUAACAAAAGGACACGGUGAUUCUAUGCUGCAACAUUCUCUAGUGGUGCCCAGUUAAGUGAUGUACACACUAGCCACAAGUUCCGAACUGUUUCGCUACUAUAACACGUUUUGACGUGACUAUCUGAGAAUUAAGAAUAUCUACUACACCUUUAAUUUUUACUUUGUCUAAGGUCUGAUGACACCCCAGAGUCUGCUACAUUUUUUUUCUUCUUCUUCAACAGGAGACUCUGGUAAUAUAAAAACAAUGUAAAACUGUCCAUUAGCAAUAUCUUCAUCUGCACCAGUGCUUUGACUGCUACAUGCAGCUGGUGAAUCCAUUCCUUUAAAAUAUUUCACUUGUUACUCCAUUAUAGAUAAAAUAAAGGGCAUAUAACAAAACCAUAGAAUUCUCUGGGCUUUGCUGGAUAAUUCUUCAGUAGCCAGACUUCAGACUAUUCCUGUGUCCUCUUGGCUGGCAGCCAAGAUAUCUCAGUUCUAAAAAGGCAGUGCAGUGGCCUCAAACCAGGGGUGCAACUAAUACUGUAAACCUGUGCAACAGUAGACUUGAAGGCAUCUUCAUAAAUCUUCAUAUUAGCAAAGCACAAAGUUAUUACCGUUCACUCACACUAGUUUUGCCAAGUGGGAAAAUCAAUACAGAAGUACUCUUAGGCAGAGGUUGGGUACAGAGUCUCAGGGGUGUGUGUGUGUGUGUGUGUGUGUGUAUGUGUAUGUGUAUG